AUGAGUGAUACGACGCCGAUCUACAUGGUGAAUGUGCCGGUGGGCCCUGGCGGUGGUGCGAGCGGAGGUGAAGGGCAGGCGGUCAGCGGGUAUUCUCACUGGCGUGGUGGUGGUGGUGUUAGUAGCGGUAAUAGCGGUGGCGGGGGAGGGGGAUAUCACCCCGACCAUCAAAGGCGACGCAAUGGUGGCGGCGGCUAUAGCGGAUACGGCGAUCUCUUUCAAAGCCCUCGCCAGCAGCAACAGCAACCGCAGCAACACUUGUCUCCACGAUCGCAGCACGGACGGCGUCGCGGUGGUAACGGUGGUGGCGGCGGAAGCCUCGGCAACACCGACAGGGGUAUGCAUUCCCGCAUUCCGUCGUCUUCAUCCGGGCAGGAUCUGCCACCUAUGCCGCCCGUUGACAGCAGCAGUGGGACCCAUGUGGAAGCAGAGACGAUGCACGGCGCGUUCGACCUCUCCUCUCUCUCGCCCCCGCACGCAACGCACAAUAGCAGCGCGAUGACGGCCGCAGCGGUGGCCGCCGGCGUGAACUUCAGCGUCAGCAACACCGCAGCGACUGCGGCGGUGGCACCUCUUCCAUACGCCCUCAGCGGCUCCUCCGCACGACGAGGCAGCGCCGCAGCAGCAGCUGCAGCGGCGAGUGGCGGCGGUGCGACGACGAGCCGCAUCAGUGGCGUCGAGCCGCCUUUUGCGCAGCACUCGUCGUCCUCUUCCUCUGGUCUGGCCGGCGGGGAGUUGCGGGGGGAUCGCUCUGCUGGGGUGACCAUCUCACCUCCUCCGCUGUCACUGUCAGCCCAACAGCAGCAGCAGCAGCAACAACAACCGCAGAUGAGCUCUGCGGGGGUCAGUCGGUCCGGCGUCUCGACGUCGUCUACAACCACCAACGCGAACAGCGGUGCAGCUGCUGGUGGCGGUGGCGUUACGCGGUACACCCGCCUCCGCGGCGAGGAGCGGCCGACCGUGGCGCUGUCGCAGAACAUCAUGUCCGUCUACCAAACGAUCAACGAAAUCUUCUACCAAGAGCGGCAGAAGCUGCUGGCUGCCCCUGCGAAGUACGUCACCCGCAAGUACGAAGACGCCUCGGGCCACUACGUGCCGUGCGAAGGGGAAGUGAUCGCGGACCGCUACGUGUUCAAGGAGUUGAUCGGUCAAGGCAGCUUCGGCAAGGUGCUGCACUGUAUUGACCGCAAGUACAACGAGCCGGUGGCAGUGAAGAUCAUCCGCAGCGGUCCCUACUUCGAGAGCCAAGGCUGGUUCGAGGCACAGGUGGUCGCCCACCUGAACAACGACGUGUCGCUGCAGAACCUUGUCGUGCAGCUGCGGAAGGUAUUUCUCUGGAAAGGGCACAUGGUGCUCGUCUUUGAGCCGCUGAGCUUUAGCCUGUACAAGCUGAUCACCCUCACCAAGCACAACGGCGUCAGCCUCGACCUGACCCGAAAGUUCGCGUACCAGAUGGUGAAGGUGCUGCUCGUGCUGGAGCAGCACCAGCCCCCGAUCAUCCACUGCGACUUAAAGCCGGAGAACGUGCUGCUGCGUGAUCCGAGCCGGAGCGGGGUGCGGGUAAUUGACUUCGGCUCGGCGUGCUAUCAGCAGCAGACGACUUGGCGACUGCCGCCGGCGCAGGUGCCGCUCCCGGCCUCAUCGCCGAGCGCUUCGGCCGGGCCGCCGUGGGACUGCGUGGGCGAGCGACGCAGCGGCGGUGGAACAGGGACCACAACGACAACGACAGCGGCUGCCGUAGUGAGCAGCAGUAGUGCCGCCUCGUCCCCGCGAGCAGCGGCAACGUCGUCGGUCGCCAAGGCCUCCGCGGGGGGUGGCGGGGAGACAGCUACAGGAGAGACGGCGACUGGUCCUCCACUUCAGCAGCAAACCACAGCUGUGGCUGCCACUGGUACUACUGCACCCACCAGCACCACCGCGAACGCCACGGAUAUUUUUUUUCCCGCGGCCACCAUCACCGCCGCCGGCGCGAACGCGGAUGUUGAGGUCGUCAUGCCGAAGUACAUCCAGUCUCGUUACUACCGCAGUCCGGAGGUGAUACUCGAGCUGGGCUACACGACUGCCAUCGAUCGGUGGUCGCUGGGGUGCUUCUUAACGGAGAUGCACACCGGCUGCCCGCUCUUUCAGGGCAACAACGAAACAGACAUGGUCGCGUACUUCACGAUGGUGCUGGGAGCGCUGCCGGAUUACAUGAUUGCGGCGAGUCCAAAGCGCACGCGGCUCUACCACACAUGCCCGAUCGUCGACAACAACAACAACGGCGGCGGCGGCGGGGGAGGAGGUGGGGAAGGUACUUCGUCGCCGCCGGCUCUGGGCGGGAGUUCCUCGGCUGCUGGUACCGCCCAAGCACUCUCCCUACAACCGGAGCAGCAGAAGCAACAGCAGCAGCGCGCGGCCUCCCCUUUACUCGCUUUUACGACCUCGCCUUCGCCGAUUCUAACGCCGUUUACCGACGCGCCAGGGCACGCGCCUGGCUCGCCCUUCUUCCUCCGCGCGCCGCAGGUGGAGGACACGGAGUCCGCCACGGCGAACGCGGUGCGCGCGGCAGGCCCGGGCACUCCGCUCGAGAAAGUACUUGGCGUGCACACCGGCGGUCCACGCGGCUGCCGCGCCGGUCAGCGGGGACACGACGCGGCCGCCUAUGAGACCUUUUGCGACUUCAUUGAGAAACUGCUGCAGUACGACCCACGCCAGCGCAUGAGCUGCGCGCAGGCGAUACAACACCCGUUUUUGGAGCCUAUUCGGGUUCUGGAGGCGCGUGCGGCGGCAGCAGCCGUGGCGGAAGCGGAUGCGACCGCAACGCCGUCGCGUACGGGCACCGGAGCGGCAGCGGAGGGAGACGAGGGGUCGGCGACCACGGCAUCUGUUGCCACUACCACCACCGCGGCGGUGGCACCAGAUAAGAGCAGCGACGCCUUCAACGCCUAG